AUGGCAGAUUUUGGUGAAGAAGAACAAGUCUGGAACAAAGAGAAGGAUCAUCAUCAUCAUCAAGAUUCAGCUGGUUCAAGAACCAUGAUGAUGAGAGUGUCUAAGGAUUCUUCUUCAUCUGCAUGGCCCAUUCCUGCUGCUCCAAGGAAGAUUCCAAGGGCUAAUACCACAUUAACACCCUCUUGUUAUGAUGAUGCCAAAGUGGUUAAACUUGAAGGGUCUUCUUCUAAUUCAUCUUCAUCAACAGAACCUAUGAACAUCCCUGACUGGUCAAAAAUUUAUGGUAAGAGUAAGAGCAAGAAAAAAGGGUAUGAUUAUUAUGAUGAUGAAAAUGGUGAUGAUGAUGGUGAUGGUGAUGAUGAUAUGGUUCCACCACAUGAAUGGAUAGCAAGGAGACUAGCAAGGACUCAGAUCUCAUCAUUUUCAAUGUGUGAAGGAAUGGGAAGAACACUCAAAGGAAGAGAUCUUAGCAAAGUCAGGAAUGCCAUUUUGACCAAAACUGGCUUUAUUGAGUAG